AUGAACUCCGUCCAUUGUAGCAUCGAGUCGACCCAGGCUUCGAUGUCGUCCUCCGAGUUGCGCUGCAGGCCCUCUCUAAAGUUGAUGAGCGAGUUACCGCUCACUCCAAGGUCCUGCCCUGGCGUGCGCACGUGGAACAGGUUCUGUGUCUCGCGUAGCAAAUCAAGCAGGUGUGACUCCGAUUGCAGCAGAUUUGACUUUGCGUCCUUUACAGUGGGCUUUGAGUAUUUCUUUUUGAUGAGAGAUAUCCUCACCAUCACCUGUUGGAACGACGAAGGAGUGAAGGCCGGAUCAAUGGGAUCGACAGCUGGCUCAGUCUUGAUGAUGCUGGCACGUCCGUAUGUUUCAAAAGCGUCGACAAUCACCAGGUUGGCCCAUAAGCCACGAGACAUGGAAGAAGUGCCCGUAUUGAGUCCCAGCUUGACAGCAGUAUCGAUCAUGUCGUUCAGCAACGAGUACAUCACACCGGUGUUUCCAAACCCUUGCAAGGUGAUCAGCAGAAUACUGAACGCCUGA